AUGGAGAGCUUGGACAUUGGCAAGCUCCAAGAAAUGGAGUUCUCGGAACUCAAAGACUUGGCCCAAACACUCGGAGUGACUGAAUACAACGGGUCUCGGAAAGAGGAAUUGAUUAGCGAAAUUAUAGAGGCUAAAUCUGAGGCGGAUAUCCAAUUUUACGGUGGUGGGGUCUUGGAAAUCCUUGAUGACCGGGAUCAACACUACGGUUUUCUUCGUUCAUCGCGCUCCAAUUAUUUGCAGAGCAGCGAGGAUAUUUACGUGUCCUCAUCGCAAAUCCGGCGAUUCGAUUUACAAACCGGACACGUCGUUGAAGGGGUAAUUCGCCCCCCAAAGAAGACGGAAAACAAAGCAGAGCGCUAUUUCGCAAUGUUACAAAUUGACAAGGUCAACGGAGAAGCACCAGAAGCCGUCAAGCAGAAAAUCCUUUUCAAAAACCUCACGCCUAUACACCCAUACGAAAAAUUGAAACUGGAACACAGUCAGUCAGAGUACGGGACUCGUAUGGUGGAUCUAAUAGCACCGAUUGGGAAGGGACAACGCAGCUUGAUUGUCGCCCCUCCUUACAGUGGUAAGACAACGCUGCUGAAAAAUAUUGCUGCUGGGAUCGAGGCUAACCAUCCAGAAGUCAUCCUCAUCUUUUUACUCAUUGAUGAACGUCCCGAGGAAGUUACAGAUGUUGCUCGUUCUGUCAAAGGAGAAGUCAUUAGUUCUACUUUUGAUGAACAUCCCGAACGACACAUCCAGGUCGCAGAGAUGGCGAUUGAAAAGGCGAAGCGGUGGGCGGAGUACGGAAAAGAUGUCGUUGUUCUGUUAGACAGCAUGACCCGGCUGGCACGUGCGCAUAAUGUCAUGACGCCACACAGCGGAAAAACGCUGAGCGGUGGCUUAGAUGCCAUGGCAUUUUUGAAACCGCGUCAGUUCUGCGGCGCAGCUCGGAAAUUUGAAGAAGGUGGAAGUCUAACGGUUAUUGCAUCUGUACUCGUCGAUACGGAAAGCCGACAAGAUGAACACAUCUACGAAGAAUUCAAAGGCACUGCCAACAUGGAAAUCCACAUGGAGCGUGCUUUGUUGGAUCUCCGCAUCUACCCACCGAUUAAUGUUGGAAAGUCAAAAACACGCCGUGAGGAACUCUUAUUGGCACCAGAUGUUCUUAACAAAGUCUGGGUGCUGCGGAAAUUCACAAGCCAGAUGGACAGCGCGGAAUCUCUCGAAAUGCUCAUUGAGCAAUUCAGCAAAACUGACACAAACGCGGAAUUUCUCGAACGCAUGGUAGACAAUGCGACUUACAGUAAUGUGUCGGCGAGAACCAACGCUCGUCCGAAGCGAUGA